UGGUGCGUUGCGACCCGCCCCGUCCAGUCCAGCCUGGCCUGGGCGCUGUCCUAGCCAACGCCACCGUAGCAGCCAGUCCUGGUGCCCCGUGCGCUACCCAGUGUCCAGUAAUGACCCUGCGCCCGUCAUCACUCCCACUCUGUCUGCUGCUGCUGCUGCUGCUCAGUGGGGCGGUAUGCCAGACUGAGACGGGGUUUGAAACCGAAAGUCCUGUCCGGACCCUCCAAGUGGAGACCCUGGUGGAGCCCCCCGAACCGUGUGCGGAGCCCGCUGCCUUUGGAGACACGCUUCAUAUACACUACACGGGCAGCUUGGUAGAUGGACGAGUAAUUGACACUUCCUUGACCAGAGACCCUCUGGUAAUAGAACUUGGCCAAAAGCAGGUGAUUCCAGGUCUGGAGCAGAGCCUUCUAGACAUGUGUGUGGGAGAGAAGCGAAGGGCAAUCAUUCCUUCUCACUUGGCCUAUGGAAAACGGGGAUUUCCACCAUCUAUUCCAGCGGAUGCAGUGCUGCAGUUUGACGUGGAGCUGAUUGCACUGAUCCGAGCCAACUACUGGCAAAAGCUGGUGAAGGGCCUUUUGCCUCUGGUGGGCAUGGCCAUGGUGCCCGCCCUCCUCAGCCUCAUUGGGUAUCACCUAUACAAAAAGGCCAACAGACCUAAAGUCUCCAAAAAGAAGCUCAAGGAAGAGAAACGAAACAAGAGCAAAAAGAAAUAAUAAAUACUAAUUUAAAAAAA